AUGGAUGUGAUAUGGCUAACUAACCUGGGUACAAGAUGUACUGACAGUACUGGCACCAACUACCAGAUCUACACUGACCCGUUUCCUGAGAAGACUUGGAAGGCUGCAAAUGCCCGGUGCACUUCUCGAGGUGCAAAGUUGUUCAACCUCACCGACAAGAACACGUCAUGCUUUGUGGACUAUCUGGCUGAUAUGCAUGACCGACUGAAUAUCGGGCAGAUGUGGACUGAUGACGAACAGUCGAAUCCAAUCUCCACGAAGAGAGAUUCGACAUUCCAGGAAGUCACCACCUCUGAUCCAAAUCUGGUGGUCUGUCUUUUGGCUGUGUCAGGACGAUGUGGAGACUUAGUGGCAGAGUUUAACGAGCAUAGCACCCAAUAUAUAUCGCUUAGAGAACAAGCCAAAAAACUCUGUGCCCGACGAGUCCUCUUCGACUACUGGUUCCACAAGUCCCAGUGCAUGUUCGAUUUCUUGCAGCCCUUGGCGGCCCACUACCGCUUCACGGAGUUCUGGGACUACAGCUCCGAUGUGGUUACGGCUAUUGGGCGACCCGCCUUGUUUUACCAGCAACCCACAGCGUAUAUUAGCAGUCUGAUUGUGUGUGUGGAGGAUGUCAUCAACCGAUGUACUAAUGGUGAUAAUGACUGCCCUAAGGGCACAAGUACUUGCGUUGAUACCGUUGGCUCAUACUACUGCCGCUGUCUGGAUACAUACUACGGAGAGCGUUGCAACU